GCACACAUUUCAUUAUCCUGCGCCAUUUAUAGCAACACUAACAGAGAUGUUCUAUCUUGUUCCGGGUUUAGAUAAAACUUAUGAUACUGCGGAGAAAUGUGCUCGCGAGAACAAGCAGAUGAAGGACAGGAUUAAAGUUUUUCACUGCGCUCAGCGUGUCACACCACCGGAGGACGCUGUGACAGGUGCGGAGCUGUACCCGCGUAUUCCUGUAUGUGCUAUCUGUUGGUCUAAGAUAAUUGAUCUAGAUGCUGCUAAUAUAGAUGGCGACCCUAUUUGUGUCCCGAUGAAUCAGGGGGAAAAGCAUAGCUUUGAUGACUCGAUGAACGCGACGUUCCACGAUAGGUCGCAUACAGGGGAGCACGUGGAUGAACAGCACCUUGAUGGUGAAUCAGAAAAAUCAUUCGGCGCUCGUUCACCCUGUAACUAUGACGAGGCUGAGGAUAUUUAUGGCAAUAAAGACUACGACACAGAAGACGAGCUAUAGUAGAUUCAUAAAAAUAUAACUCCUUAGCAAACUUAUUACCGGCAUAGUUGUAAUGUAGUCAUUUCUAGAUGGUACACACGUAGAGAAAAAAAAACUUUUAAUUCAUCACCUUAUGUAAAAUUAUGCGUCCUAUGUCAUCUUAUACCUAUUAGUCGCUGGACCACAUUCAUUUCCGUCCCACGGGCCAAGUUAAUUUAGUUAAUUGAUAUUCUAGCCGUCUUGCUGUUUGUGACUCCCGCGUCGUCUACGGGCUUGUGGGUCACCUGAAUUAAACAUGUUAAGCUAGUCUCUUGAUAAUUGAGAUGAGCCAUAUUCUACAGCAUGAAAAUGACAAAAAAUAUAGCUCAUCCAUUGUUGGAGAGGAUGGAUAAUUAUGAACACUUUCUCAACCUUGGAUAAGAUUUUUUUUAUGUCAUUUUGGGUGUGUUUAUUGAAAAUGAGAAAUGUGGCCAAUUGGGCUUCUUGUCUUUCCAUCGGUCCCACGGUCUACGA